AUGGACCAUUCAUCAGACGGCAGCAGCGACCGCGCUGCCGCUGCCACCCCUCCUCCUCCUGGACCCAGUGGUCUACCCUGUAUAGGAUCCCUGUUCGAAUGGAAGGGUCCCAGGACAAAUUUGGGAUGGACAAAGCAGUUCGGUCCCAUAUACCGUGUGAAGAUGGGUAGCAAAAACCUGGUUUACCUAAACACCUUGGAUCUGGUUGAGAAGUAUCUAGAAGGAAGAAACGGGGAGCGGUUUCUUGAUCGCCCUAUGGGACCUGGAGCAAUUGCCGAAGGUCUUCUUUUUGGUAGUGGCGAAAGCUGGAAGAAAAACAAACACGCUUUUAUGAAAGCACUUCAUACAAAAACAUUUCAGGACAAUAUGGAAGGCGCCAUCCAGUCAGAGCUACAGAUUGCAAUGCAAAGUCUACGUCUGCAGUGUGACAAGCCAAUGAAAAUCGGAGACGUCAUGUUAAAAGCCUGUGCAAACGCGAUUGUGGGACUUCUGCUAGGUGGCUCUUUGCCGGAGGACUCUGCGGAAAGAAAGGAGAUUGGAAAGAUUGCCAGAAAUCUGGAGGGAGCUGAUCUAUCCUCUAUUCUCACACAAGUUUCAUUGAAACAUCCCAAACUUCGACAGCCACUUUCCAAACUCUUCUUCAAAGAAAUUGUGGAUGUGCAUGGAACAUCACGGCACCUGCAGAGACUUCUUCGUCAGUGGAUACGCCAAGCUAGAAGUGGAACAUUCACAGUGCUGUCUGCAUGUCCACAUGCAACAUCUGCAGAUGGCAAAGACUUGAAAUUAAUCAUUCCAAACAGAAGCCAGUGCCCCUACACACCAGACUCAAACAGCGCUGAUCCUAACCCACAAACAGAAGACAGCAAUCUUGAAGCAUCCACAGUUUGCCUCUCAAGAAUCGCUGCUGUCACCACCAAAGAAUGA